UUUUACAUAACCUCAAAUGAUAUAACUGUAAAAAAUUUGACUGAAAAUAUUCCCUUUUUAGAUUUGAUUAAUUUGAUUUCUCAUAUGUAUGUAUCGAACAAGUUUUAAUAAGGAAAAACAGACUGGUUUUAAAUUUCUGUUGUAUCUAAACGUCUGUGAUGUACUGGUAGAUUAUUGCGGGCAAUUUUAUGUGUGUGUCUGGAGUGUUGCAAUGUUCUAAAAAUCGAGUCACCAUCACCACAAAAUGACGCUAAACUUACCAGCUUCACCACUGCGAAGACGCAACUGCUUCGUGAUUUUGGGGUUUGCUUUAUUCGUUCCAUUAUGCCUGUUUGUUUUGUUCUCUGUUCCAGACGUAAACACUGAACAAUUACUAGUUCAAAGACUAGCCGAGCUACAAAUUAGACUUCAGUAUUUAGAUUCAGUGUACAGAAUUCGUCAGGAGGACCUACAAAAAUUGACUGAAUACAUUGAUGUUGUUUUGCUCUCUCAGAAUUCAACUGGGGUCACUUUGGUUAAUCCAAAUACCAGCCUCACAAACGAUGUUAAACACUUAGUGAAGAAUAUGACAGGACUCAACGCAGCUUAUGGUAUAAAUCCAUCUUUUGUAGUGAGGUUUUCUACAUCCUAUUACUUUCUGCCACAUUUGCUAGAUGACCCAUUUAGUUUAAGAUUAGCAUAUAUGUUGUCUAAAGGUCGAGCAGGUGUAUCAUUAGUCAUGGGUAUACCUACAGUUAAGAGAGAAAAACAAAGUUAUCUUAUGGACACCUUACAGAACCUGUUAGAGGGAAUGAACUCAGCUGAGGCUAAUGACACUUUGAUUGUUGUUUUUGUUGCGGAGACUGACUUACAAUAUGUGUUGCAUGUAGCAAGACAAAUUGAAACACGUUACCCUGCUCAAGUAGAGUCUGGAUUAAUUGAGGUUAUAUCACCUUCACCUUCCUAUUAUCCAGACUUUGAAAAAUUAAGACUAACUCUAGGAGAUUCCAGAGAAAGGGUUAAGUGGAGAUCCAAGCAGAAUUUAGAUUUUGCCUUUCUGAUGUCUUACGCUCAGCCUAAAGGAACCUUUUAUGUGCAGCUGGAAGAUGAUAUAUUAGCUAAACCACAGUAUGUAACUGAGAUGAAAAAUUUUGCCUUGGAUAAAACAUCAAAGAAGGAACCCUGGUUUGUUCUGGAUUUCUGUCAAUUGGGAUUUAUAGGGAAGAUGUUUAAAAGUGCAGAACUGCCAUGGUUAAUAACAUUUUUCCAGAUGUUUUACAACGAUAAACCUGUAGAUUGGUUACUGGAUCAUCUUUUGUACACUAAAAUUUGUAACUAUGAAAAAAAUAACGACGUUUGCAAGAAAGAGAAAGCUAAAUUAUGGAUUCGAUACAAACCAUCACUGUUUCAACAUAUCGGUACUCAUUCCUCUUUGAAAGGAAAAAUGCAGAAACUCAAAGACAAGCAGUUUGGUAAAGUUCCCUUAUUUAUACCUCAUAACAAUCCUGAAGCCGAUGUUACUUCAAGCAUUAAGCAUUACAAACAGUACACUCUUAAACGAGCUUAUUUAGGUGAAACUUUUUUCUGGGGGUUGUUACCCCAGCCUGACGAUCAACUAACCUUUACUUUCAGCUCACCAGUACUUCUAAAACGGUACUAUUUCAGGAGCGGAAACGCAGACCAUCCGGCAGAUAAAUUCUACAACACUACUGUCGAAGUUCUUCCAGUUGAAAUGCCCAGAAAUAUUACAAAAUUGGCAUAUAAUUUGACCAGCGAUGGGUAUGUGCUUGUAGGUAAAUUCGAUUCUGUUGGUAUAGCUAGCGGAGUUGUUGAUGAAGUACUUGGUAAAAUAAGAACUUUGAGGUUGUACAUUCAUUCUGACAGUGAUAACUGGGCUAUUCUUAGUGAAAUUCAUAUACAGGAUGAGUAAAUAAUUUUUUUUCAAGUGUAUUUUCAAAUAUUAGUACUAUCCUAGUAAUAUAAAAUGUGUGUAUCUGUGAUAAACCAAUAUUGUUGGUAGUUAUAUUAAAGCUUUGACUCUGUUAUAGGUAGAUUUUAGUAAAAUGAUAGUUGUUAUUAAAAUUAAUCAGUAUAGGGCACAAAAACAUAACAGAAUCUUAAAAUAAUUUAACAAAAAAAAAUGAAUAUUUAUUUAAUCUAUUUUAAUAAAUUUUUACUAUAGUUGUAUAUGAAAGAGAGUGUCAAAGAAUCAGGAUCAAAUUGUACAGGGUGUUUCUAUUGGUCAAAUUUUGGCCAUUCUUUUUGACGGCAGUGGUAAAUUAACAAAAAAUAGUAAGUUUGGUAGGAGAGUAUGAGUUUAUGGUAAAAAUUUUUAAAAUUAAUAUUUAAUAGUUUUAAUUUUUUCUAAAGAAUUGUGAAUAUUAAUUUUGCAAUUGCAAACCCAGCAAAAGGUAUACAAGAAAAAUAUUUAUUAUAUUGUAUAAGUAUAAGAAUUUGAUCUGUUAUUAUUUGUUUUCUAAUUUAGUUAUAAAAAUUUGUGAUUAUUUAAUAAGAUAUAAAAUUUUUCAAUGUAGUAUUAGUUAUGGACGAUUAAGAGAUGAUUGAGUGAGAUGUGUACAGGGUGUCCCAAAUUCGAGCUUCAUAAAUGGUACUCAAGUUGAUGCUGAUCAAAAUGCCACCUGAAAAGCGAAAAAAUUCCGGUUGGGUCGGAAGAUUUUUUUGGGACACCCUGUAUAUCGUUUUUAAAAGUGAGAUUUAUUAUUUUUCGGAUUAUUAUUUUUAUUUUAUAUUUAUAUCUCAGUCUGUUUUAGAUGUAUAGAAAAAUAAAAAAUAUAAACAUUGUCUUUAAAGAACUAACACAUUUUUUAGAAGUUAUUUUUGCUUAGGAAAUGAUGUUUUAAAUUUCAAUCUAGAGUGACAAUAACUGUCAUAUACUAACUUACCAAACCUCGUUUUUUAUCUGAAAAAAUAAGAAAGUUAUAGGGGUGAUACCCUUUGAAAAACACUCGGUAUUAACAUAAUUUCUUAGAAUGAAUGUUAGCUAAUAAUAUUUUUUGGAUUUGUUACAUUGUUUUAUUUGUUAUUUAUAAUUGAUUAUACAGUAUGUUAUUUUCUAUUGCUUGUAGCUAUGUAUAGAUAUGAACAUUUCAUUUAUAAGUUAAUAUUUAAAUUAAGAACUUAUUUUUUUGAAGUCAUUAUCCCCAAAAAAUUGUAAUUUACAAAUGUCUGUUAUAUCAUAAAAUCAAAUAAGAACAAAACUAUGAAACAAAAGGCUCGAAUAUGAAUAAAGAUCAAGGUUAUGCUCUUUAUUGAAUUUAUAACCACUUACUGACUAUUGUAAAAUUUUUAUACCUUUUUACGCUUAAGAUUUGUUUUGUAUUACCUUUAUGUUUUGUUAUUUUAACGCAUCUGUUUUGUUAUAAAUAUACUUAUACUAGUUUUCUACAUGUGUAUUUUAGUUUUCUACAU